AGUGUCAAUCAAACCUUCAAAACUGACCCUCUACUUGAGCCUGUCCUCUUUGAAUAGAAUCAUCACUAAACAUCAAGAAUAUUGUGCAUCAUCAGAGUAAAAAUAGCCCCCAAAAAUAUUGCCUUCAAUUGUGGACGUAAAUUGAUCCUCAAAUAGAGUGCAAGUGCAAAAGCCCAGGGGCUUUGUACUCAUCUCCACAUAAUCAGUGCUCUGUGAAUAAUUUUCCGUUGAAGCCCCACCAGGGCUGUGUUUCCUGUUCAAGUGUUAAGACCACGCCCGCAAAAUAGGUCUGUCAGACACAGCGGUUAUGGACAUGGUGAUCACUAAUUUGCAACAACAACGUCAAGUGACUGAGCAGCUGAGGCGUGAGGCCGCUAUCAAGCGCAUCACCGUCAGCAAAGCUGUGGAGGACAUAAUGAAGUACAUCACUGAUCAUGAACAAGAGGACUGUCUACUCGUUGGAUUCUCAUCACAGAAGUCGAAUCCCUUCAGGGAGAAGAGCUCCUGCAUUGUUCUCUAACGAAGACUAAGGGUUCGUCUGCUAUCAGAUGCUCGUGCACUGCGAUUUACUUGAUGUCACUGAUAGCAUGGAGUGGACAACAUCCCAUUCAUGAAGGAGUUAUCAUAGGUCUAAGGAUAUAUUGUCGUUGCCAAAAUGUCUAAAUAUCGAUUUAAUCAUUUUAGAAUGUCAUUCUGAUGAAGUGAUUUUUCACCAUAUCGAGUAUUUAUUUUGUCCCAAGUGGAAUAAUCAAUGUUUAAUUAUCAAAUCGUUUAAUCAUCAUCGAUGUUCAAUUAUCAGACCAAUGGUUGAUGGAAAUGUUUAGGUAUUUGCUUGGGUGUUUCACUCAACCGCCCUUUGAUUCGGAUAAUUUGAUUGUUCAUUGCGACUUUGUAAUGAAUGUCAGUGAGGCAAGUUUGCGGUUUAGUUCAUUAGUCUAGAUCGAUGGGUACAAUCUAAUUAAUGACCAAUGUACGUAAAUGUUUGCAAUGUCUAUUCGGUACGUUUAUGUGACUUGUUCUGCUCCAAAUGUCGAUACCUGAAUCAAAUAUCACUCUCUCAAUAUUCGUAAUGGGUGCGGAAAUGCAAAUUCUGAUGAUUAUUGAGGACUAUUUGGGCUUGUGGAAAAUCAAUCGGGGUAUUGUUAGUUUUCAUGAAUCAUUGGAGCUUUUGUUGACAGUGAAAUCAUAGUUGAAAUAGCCUAGCAAUAUUUUUCUAAGCAAUUUUUUCGGGGGAACAGUGAAAUAUAUCAAGACUGAAUUUGGACAAUUUCCUUCGCACAUGAACAAACCGCACCCGAAACUGUCUAGAGUCUAUUAAUGUUUCUAUAUCAAUGUUUAUUGCAUUCUGAGAUAUGAAAAGUGCACUUUUAUCUGAUGUCACAUAUGGAAAAAAUGAUUGAACAUGAUGAAUAAAGAAAUGAGUGUAUAAA